AUGGGCCAGAAGCUCUCGGGGAGCCUCAAGUCGGUGGAGGUGCGGGAGCCGGCCCUGCGGCCGGCCAAGCGCGAGCUGCGGGGAGAGGAGCCGGGGCGGCCGGCGCGACUGGAUCAGCUGCUGGACAUGCCGGCGGCGGGGCUGGCAGUGCAGCUGAGGCACGCGUGGAACCCCGAGGACCGCUCGCUCAACGUCUUCGUCAAGGAUGACGACCGGCUCACCUUCCACCGGCACCCGGUGGCGCAGAGCACAGAUGGCAUCCGCGGGAAGGUGGGCCACGCGCGUGGCCUGCACGCCUGGCAGAUCCACUGGCCUGCGAGGCAGCGGGGCACGCACGCGGUGGUGGGCGUGGCCACGGCGCGGGCCCCCCUGCACUCAGUGGGCUAUACCGCGCUGGUGGGCAGCGACGCCGAGUCCUGGGGCUGGGACCUGGGCCGCAGCCGCCUCUACCACGACGGCAAGAACCGGCCCGGCGUGGCCUACCCCGCGUUCCUGGGGCCUGAGGAGGCCUUUGCGCUGCCCGACUCACUGCUCGUGGUGCUGGACAUGGACGAGGGCACACUCAGCUUCGUCGUGGACGGCCAGUACCUGGGCGUGGCCUUCCGUGGCCUCAAGGGCAAGAAGCUCUACCCGGUAGUGAGUGCCGUGUGGGGCCACUGCGAAGUCACCAUGCGCUACAUCAAUGGCCUUGACCCCGAGCCCCUGCCGCUGAUGGACCUGUGUCGGAGAUGCAUCCGCCUGGCCCUAGGCCGCCAGCGCCUGCAGGACAUCAGCUCCCUGCCCCUGCCUCAGUCUCUCAAGAACUAUCUGCAGUACCAGUGA